ACAAAUUACAGCCUAUUUCCUUUUUCUUAUGUUCCUCUCCUCCUACUUGUAAUUCCGGUUCAAAUCGAACAAGGGGGCAUCCUGAUGCAAAAGGUUGUGGUUAGCUGAAAAUAUACGCUCGGCAACUUGAAAAAUAUUCAGAAGUUAAAAAUGGAGCCAACAACCAAACUCACAAAAGCUCUGCUCAAAAACACCCACGAUCCAAGGCUAGCAUGGCACCUUUUCAAGCGCAUUCUGUCACUGCCCAUCUCACCAAUCCACCUUCGCCAAUCAGUACCCAUCAUUGCCCGUAUCCUCAUUCGCGCAAAAAUGCUUAAAGAACUCGAUCAUCUUCAUCAACUACUUCUUAACUCGCCAUUGCUCGAAAACCUGGAUCCUUCUCUCGAAUCCCUUGUUAGCAUUUUAGCUAAAUCGUGUCUCUUCGAUAAGGCCAUUUCACAUUUUAAGUCCUUGCGGUUACGAUUCCCAGAAAAGCCGCCUUCUAUAUUUCUGUAUAAUGUUCUCUUGAGAUCGUGCAUCAGAGAGAAUCGUGUGGAUUUUGUGUCUUGGUUGUAUAAAGAUAUGGCUGUUGCAGGUGUAUCUCCGGAGACUUAUACUUUUAAUAUUUUGAUUGGGUUGCUGUGUGAUAGUGGUCGUCUGGAUGAUGCAAGGGAAUUGUUCGACAAAAUGCCUGAGAAAGGUUGUAAACCGAAUGAAUUCAGUUUCGGCAUUUUGGUUCGUGGAUAUUGUAGGGCGGGGCUUGCUAGCAAAGGAUUGGAAUUCUUAAAUGAAAUGAGGAGUUCGGGUCUUUUGCCAAAUAGGAUUGUCUAUAAUACCUUGAUUUCCAGUUUCUGUAGGGAAGGUAAAAUUAGUGCUGCUGAAGAAUUGGUGGACAGGAUGAGAGAAGAUGGUUUAUCUCCGGAUGUAUCUACUUUCAAUUCUAGGAUAUCGGCGCUUUGUAGUGAAGGGAAGAUUCUAGAAGCUUCAAGAAUUUUUAGAGAUAUGCAAAUUGAUGAAGAGUUGGGGCUUCCUAGGCCUAAUGUCAUAACGUAUAAUUUAGUGCUUAUGGGAUUCUGUAAAGAAGGAAUGUUGGAGGAAGCCAAGACUCUGGUUGAGGCUAUGAAAAGAAAUAAUAACUUGAUGAAUUUAGAGAGUUAUAAUAUUUGGUUGUUAGGUUUGGUCAGGAAUGGGAAGCUAUUGGACGCUCAGUCAGUUCUAAAAGAGAUGCUGGGUGUUGGCUUAGAGCCUGAUAUAUAUUCUUAUAAUAUUGUUAUGGAUGGAUUAUGCAAGAGUGGAAUGCUUUCUGAUGCAAGAAUGCUUAUGUAUUUAAUGAUACAUAAUGGUAUUUCACCAGAUGCAGUAACUUAUAGCACUUUACUUCAUGGUUACUGUCGUAAGGGGAAGGUGUUUGAAGCUAAAAAUAUUCUGCAUGAUAUGAUUAGAAAUAAUUGUUCUCCAAAUACAUAUACUUGUAACAUUUUGCUGCACAGUUUAUGGAAGGAGGGCAGAAUAUCAGAGGCAGAGGAGUUGCUACAGAAGAUGAAUGAGAAGGGUUAUGGCGUGGAUACAGUUACCUGCAAUAUUGUAAUUGAUGGUCUUUGCAACAAUGGGCAAUUGGACAAGGCAAUUGAAAUUGUAAGUGGGAUGUGGAUUCAUGGUAGUGCAGCUCUUGGUAAUCUAGGGAACUCAUUUAUAGGCUUAGUUGAUAGUAGUAACAGCAGGAAGAAAUGUAUACCUGAUUUGAUUACAUAUUCAACCAUAAUUAGUGGUUUAUGCAAGGCUGGAAGGCUGGAUGAAGCUAAAAAGAAGUUCAUUGAGAUGAUGGGCAAAAGCUUGCAGCCUGAUUCAGCAAUUUAUGAUACUUUUAUUCAUAGCUUGUGCAGAGAGGGAAAGAUAUCAUCUGCAUUUCGAGUACUCAAGGACAUGGAGAAAAAAGGUUGCAGCAAGACGCUGCAAACUUAUAAUUCAUUGAUCCUGGGCUUAGGAAGUAAAAACCAAAUAUUUGAAAUAUAUGGACUCCUUGAUGAAAUGAAAGAAAAAGGAAUUUCUCCUAAUGUCUAUACAUAUAACAAUGUGCUUAACUGUCUCUGUGAAGGAGGGAGAAUUAAGGAUGCUCCUUCUGUUUUGGAUGAGAUGCUGCAAAAGGGCAUUCCCCAUAAUAUUUCUUCCUUCAGAAUAUUAAUUAGAGCUUUCUGCAAGGCUUGUGAUUUUACGGCUGCCCAGGAGAUAUUUGAGAUUGCACUGAACAUAUAUGGCCAUAAAGAAGUUCUGUAUAGUUUAAUGUUCAAUGAGCUACUUGUUGGAGGAUAUGUUUCUGAAGCUAAAGACCUUCUUGAAACUGCCUUAGAUAAACAUUUUAAUUUAGGAAACUUCCUCUACAAAGACCUCAUUGACAGACUAUGUAAAUAUGACAAGUUGGAAGCUGCCAGUGAUGUUAUACGCAGGUUAAUUGCUACUGGAUAUCAUUUUGAUCCUGCAUCAUUCAUGCCAGUAAUUGAUGGCUUCAGUAAAAUAGGAAAUAAGCGUGAGGCAGAUGAACUUGCUGAGAGGAUGAUGGAAAUGGCUUCACAAAGUAGGACAUUAAAUAAAGCCUACCAUAAUGCGAGCAAUUUCAUCCAUGACAAAAAAAAUAAGGAUGGUGGAACUGAUUGGCAGACCAUAGUACACAGAGAUGAUUGCUGUGGAAUUGCACUAAAAGCACUUAAGCAGGUAGAGAAAGGCUGCGGCCAGGGAAGUGUAUCAAAUUUGCGGCGCCAGAAGGACGAGUUCUUUGAUUACUGGGAUGGGAGCAAUUAAAUGUUGUCUUCCUUGAGACCUAAGUGGAGAUUUGGUAGAACUAGAGACUCUCUUCUCUUGAUGAUUGUUAUUAAAUUCCACAACUGAGUGUCCCUAUGAUUUUAAAUGACAGCCACUUGAGAAUUCCACAGAAAUUCCUGCCUGCAAUGUGAGAAUACAGAGUGGACUUGCCAGACAGUAGGAACCCACUUGGCAGUUUUUGAAAGAUUUUUCUUUUCUUCACCAGUUAUCACAAAGAUUAUAUAUAAAAAUCAUAGCACACAACUCUUGUGUUUUGCAUCUUGGAGUUGCUGAUUCAUCGAACAUUUGGAGGUAUCAGUUGACAUUCUUGUAGUUCCAUUGACCCGGGAAACUCACAGUUGCAUGACAUAGGCAUCAAGGGUUAUUAUUGUUCUACACAUCAAAUACAAUGGUGUUCCUGGCCUUCAUGCAGGAUUGCUAGUUGCAACCCUCGCUAACUGUGCUGGUGUGGAAUUAACUGGGCCUUUAAAGCUACCAGAACUUGUACAAUAUCAUAAUAAUUAGAGUAGGAAGAGUUGCUGAAGGAAGUGAAUUAAAUGGUUCAUCGGCGUUUAAUGAAGCAUUGUGUAGUCGAGAAAAAAAAAACUAAGGGAUAAGCUGCUGCCAUAUCAACGUUGUAGCCAUUGUGAAGGAAUAUUUCCGUUAGAAAUAGUUACAGCAUGGGCAGGAAGAGAGUUGUAGCUGUUAAGAGUUGUUUAGUUUGUUAACUCUUGUACUUUGUACAUGGGGAACAAUUGUCCAUUAGCUAUAAAUAUGAUUUGCUAGUUCUUGUACUCUGUAAACGUAAACUGUGUAAUCAAGAUUCUAAUAGGAUUUUAGGUAAUGGAUCUAGUUAUGGAGCAAAAUGGUGGAAUAAGAGAAUCAAUAGAAGUGGGUGGAGAGACUUUAUUUUUCUUUUUGACCUGUGUUUGUAAUAGUAUAACCUCAUUAAGAGAUCAUGAGAAUCUCUUGAGUUGAGUAUUCAA